UUCUGUAGACUUUAUUUGUGUGAAUUAAACGUAUGGUCGUAUACAUACAUAAACAACAUAGGCAAACGCUGUAAUUUACUGUAUAUCAUAGCUACUACUAUCUCCUGAAUUGGAUUGCAAACCACGUGACAAAUGCGGAAGUUGGCACAGGUCGAAAUCCGGCGAAAAGGUUGUUUUGAGGCUGGGCCAUAGAUGACCAGGCUGUGACGGGUGGAUUCUGUGUAGGAUUGACCCUGGCAUGGCUACUGCUAGGAAGAGCUCUGCGGCAAAGGCGGGAGCUGUCAGUUUCUCAGAAGAGCCAACCACCGCUAUUGCUGCCGCCGGCACCCCCUCCCAUGUCCACUUUGACGAGAAGCUCCACAACUCUGUCGUCAUGGUGAUCCCUCAGCCCGAUGGGAACUUCAUGGUCAAGGUUGGUUUUCUGAAGACCCAGCACAAGUAUGAGAUUGUCUUCGACCUCCCUGAGGUUCCGUCACUGGGGAAGGCUGUGUGUCCAGCUCCUGUACCCAACCAGCACAUCUGCAUCACCAAUAUCACUCCUGUAGCAGAGGGUGGUCUGAGAGUGACGUGUGAGUACAUGGCCCACCAGGAGGGCGUGCUAUGUGAGGAGCUGAUGCUGGUCAGUGAGAGCCAGGAGGAAGUCUGUGUGGGGGUCAAGGUUCAAGCCCGCGUCAUGGACCGUCACCAUGGUACACCCAUGUUGUUGGAAGGAGUGCGUUGUGUGGGAGUGGAGCUGGAGUAUGACUCUGAACAGAGUGACUGGCAAGGAUUUGACUAGACCAGGCAAUGCGACACACACACACACACACUCAAACAAAAAGACAGUGCCACAUAUAUUGGAAUUCAUCAUCCACUCCAAACUAUCCCUGACCAGUCAUGAUGUUUUGUUCCAAAAGGAGGAUGAAAUUAGGAAAUGGACAGGGGUUCUUUUUUUAAAGCAAGGCUAAUGUGAUCAGAUCUCUGUUGAGCAUACCUCCAGUCUAGUUAGUUAAUGCAUCUGAAAUGCAUUGAAACGGGUACUAUUUUUUAAAUUGUCAUUAGUACUGCAAUGAUAGCCGUUAUCCAACUGCCCAUGCCUUUCCACUGCAUGCCCCUAUGUUGUGUUGAAUAUGUUUUCUGAGUAAACCUAUAGGGGGCAGCAAAGCUCACGUAAACAAUUCAGCCCAUUUCACCCAGCCUGGCUUUAACAGUACCCAUAGGGGUCGACAAAGACCAUUAAAUGUAUUUUUCCCAUCUGACAUGGAAGGAUUGAAAAUGACUUGUUUUAAAUUCAUAAUAAUAAUAAUUAUACGCUAUGAAUCAAUUGCAAGUGCCUACGUUGCUGUAUAGCUUUUACCAUCAACUGCCUUCUAUUCCUUGCCUAGAUAAAUAAAGGUUAAAUAAAUCUAAUAAAAAUUUAACAAAAUAAUCCAUCUAUCACUCACUAACCUGCCCUCCCUCCCCCAACCCCCUCACCAUCCUCUCUGAGCACUCAUACUCUUGUUGCAACCUAAUCUCUUAGUAAGAAGUAUAGUUAGUCACUGUUUACUGUCAAUAGUUAGUCACUGUAAAUGAAUAUUCCCAUCAAAUUAGAAUAUCUAGUACAAUCAGUCUCUGUAUUUCACAUAGCUAAGUGGAAUUAAACCUGUUUUCUUUAUCAAAUCAGACAAUCUACAUGUGUUAAAUGUGUUCGCCCUUAAUUGUUUUUAUAUUUGUGUUUAAUCGGCUCUGUAAUGUCUUAAAGUUAUCCCUUGUUAUCUGGUGUCCAUGCUAGAUCCACCCUCGCAGGUUGAGGUCAAUUUUCAUUUAAAUUCCAAUCAAUUCAGGAAGUGCACUGGAAUUCCAAUUGUCUUCCCUGCUUUUCGAUGUGGAUCAUUCGGAAUUGGAAUGUGGUUUGCUUUCUGAAUUGACCCUAACCCUGCCAUGCUUCAAACGAUAGUGAAACGGAUGGUGGAUUCGACUUGGAUACCAUCCGAUCUAGUCCCAUCGACAGGUUAAGAGUAGAAAAAGAGGGGGCACUAUUGUUCAUAGUGGGGGGGUGUAGUAGCAUUUUCAGUCAAUACACUACACAAUACAUGUUUCCUUAUAGAUGUUUGUUGUUGUGAUCGCUCUUGUUCAGUUAUGCCAUGAAAGAAUAAAGUUGAUGUAUUUAAAAAGAUAA